AUGGCGAAGCGUGAUACCUUCUUCCGCUCGGCGGACAUGAGCUUGACCCAGCUCUAUAUUGCCAACGAGAUCGGAAGAGAGGUCGUCAGCGCCCUGGGUGAAGUUGGCCAAGUCCAGUUCAGAGAUCUUAACCCGGACACCAACGCUUUCCAGAGAACUUUCACCAAGGAGAUUCGUCGAUUGGACAAUGUCGAGAGGCAGCUGCGCUAUUUCCACACUCAGAUGGACAAGGCUGCCAUUCCCAUGAGAUCUUCCACGGAAUUUUCGGAUACCCUGGCGGCUCCCCUGGCCUCGGAAAUUGACGAGUUGGCCGAACGCAGCGAGAGCCUGGAACAGCGAGUCGCGUCCCUCAAUGACAGCUACGAGACGUUGAAGAAGCGGGAAGUCGAGCUUACGGAGUGGCGCUGGGUGCUGAGAGAGGCCGGUGGUUUCUUUGAUCGGGCACAUACCCACACCGAGGACAUCCGCCAGUCCUUUGACAACGAUGAAGCUCCUUUACUGCGGGAUGUUGAAGGCGGCCGCGGUGCCAACGGCGAUACCCAGGGUCAGCAGAGUUUCUCCGAGAUGAACAUUGGCUUUGUUGCUGGCGUCAUUCCUCGCGACCGAAUUGGUGCCUUUGAACGCAUCCUCUGGCGCACUCUGCGCGGCAACCUCUACAUGAACCAGUCGGAGAUCCCGGAGCCUAUUAUCGACCCGACGACCAACGAGGAAAUCCACAAGAGCGUUUUCGUCAUCUUUGCCCAUGGCAAGAACAUCCUUGCUAAGAUCCGCAAGAUCUCCGAGUCCCUCGGCGCUUCCCUGUACGGUGUCGACGAGAACAGCGAACUCCGACGCGAUCAGAUUCACGAAGUGAAUACCCGCUUGGGCGACGUGGGCAAUGUGCUGCGGAACACCAAAAACACUCUUGAUGCAGAACUCGUCCAGAUCGCGCGUUCCCUCGCGGCUUGGAUGAUUGUCGUCAAGAAAGAGAAGGCCGUUUACGACACGUUGAACAAAUUCUCCUACGACCAGGCUCGAAAGACGCUGAUCGCCGAGGCAUGGUGCCCCACAAAUUCGCUAGCUUUGAUCAAGUCUACCCUCCAGGAUGUCAACGACCGGGCGGGCCUUACUGUCCCGACCAUUGUCAAUCAGAUCCGAACGAACAAGACACCUCCCACCUUCGUCAGAACGAACAAGUUCACCGAAGCAUUUCAGACCAUUGUCAACGCCUACGGCAUCCCGAAAUACUCUGAAGCCAACCCCGGCUUGUACACUGUCGUCACCUUCCCUUUCCUGUUUGCCAUCAUGUUCGGUGAUUUCGGUCACGGGUUUUUGAUGACAUUGACUGCCGUCGCACUGAUUUUCUGGGAGAAGAAGUUGGCGCGGACCAAGCUUGACGAGAUAUCGUACAUGGCAUUCUAUGGGCGGUACAUCAUGUUGAUGAUGGGCCUGUUCGCGAUGUAUACCGGCUUCAUCUACAACGAUAUCUUCUCCAAACCUUUCACCUUCUUCCCCAGUCAGUGGCAAUGGCCCCAGGACUUCAAGGAAGGUGAACUGGUUGAGGCAAAGCUGAAAGGUGGUUACCGUUUCCCGAUCGGUCUGGACUGGAAUUGGCAUGAGGCCGAGAAUGGCCUGCUGUUUUCGAACAGUAUGAAGAUGAAGAUGAGUAUUGUGCUUGGCUGGUCUCACAUGACAUAUGCUCUUUGCUAUCAAUACAUCAAUGCCCGGCAUUUCAAGUCCAAGGUUGAUAUUAUCGGCAACUUUAUCCCCGGCAUGCUCUUCUUCCAGUCUAUCUUCGGCUACCUCGUCAUGACCAUCCUCUACAAAUGGUUCGUGAACUGGCCGGAGAAAGGCGUGAAUCCGCCCGGUCUGCUCAACAUGCUUAUCUUCAUGUUUUUGAGCCCUGGCACGGUCGACGAAGAACUCUACUCCGGCCAGGCCGUUGUUCAAACUCUCUUACUACUCGUCGCCGUUAUCCAGGUCCCAAUGAUGCUCUUCUACAAGCCAUUCUAUCUCCGCUGGGAGCACAACCGUGCUCGUGCCCUAGGGUACCGGGGACUUGGAGAACAAUCCCGGGUCAGCGCACUGGAAGAUGAGGGCGAAAUGGACGGCGGUUUCCGUGACAGCAUGGCCAGCGACGGAGAAGGCGUGGCGAUGCUUGCCCAAGACAUUAACGAAGGCGAAGAACAUGAGGAGUUCGAUUUUGCCGACGUCAUGAUUCACCAGGUCAUCCACACCAUUGAAUUCUGUCUCAACUGCAUUUCCCACACUGCCUCCUACCUCCGUCUCUGGGCCUUGUCUCUCGCGCACCAGCAGCUCUCUAUUGUGCUCUGGACCAUGACUCUCGGCGGCGCCUUCGAACAGGAAAACCCCACCAUGCGAGUCAUCAUGAUCAUCAUCACUUUCUACAUGUGGUUCGUGCUCUCAGUGAUUGUUCUCAUAGUCAUGGAGGGUGUGAGUGCAAUGCUCCACUCUCUUCGUCUGCACUGGGUCGAGGCCAUGUCGAAACAUUUCAUGGGCGAAGGUAUUCCCUUCAUGCCGUUCAGUUUCAAGACGCUAUUGGAGGAAGACCCUGUCGAUUAG